UGACCUCUGAUUCCACCAAAAAGCAGUUUUACGCUGGUUGUCUCCUGUGGCCACAAAGAAAGUUAUUCAACUUUGUCUUGGUGAGGUUGGUAGGGAAAUUUUAGCAAAAUAAGUUCUUUUACGUUGUAGUGAUAGGUUUUGUGACUUUGUUAACGUUUCUGAACGGUGUGUGAUAAAAUUUCAUCACUCUGGUUUCAGAAGCCACCGUGCAUUCGCGACCAUGGAUAAAUACGAUGUGAUUAAGGCCAUUGGGGAAGGUGCCUUUGGGAAAGCAUUCUUGGCUAAAGGGAAAUCAGAUAGCAAGCACUGUGUUAUAAAGGAGAUCGAUUUUGCAAAGAUGUCCACCCGAGAAAAAGAAGCAUCAGAGAAAGAAGUAAUUCUUCUGGCAAAGAUGAAGCACCCCAACAUUGUAACCUUCUUCAGUUCUUUUCAAGAGAACAAUAGGCUGUUUAUUGUGAUGGAGUAUUGUGACGGAGGGGAUCUCAUGAAAAGGAUCCACAGACAACAGGGAGUGUUAUUUAGCGAAGAUCAGAUUCUGAGUUGGUUUGUGCAGAUUUCUCUAGGACUGAAAUAUAUUCACGACAGGAAGAUCUUACACAGGGACAUAAAGGCACAGAACAUUUUUCUUAGUAAGAAUGGAAUGGUUGCAAAGCUCGGGGACUUCGGGAUCGCAAGAGUUCUAAACAAUUCCAUGGAACUUGCUAGAACUUGUAUUGGAACACCUUACUACCUGUCCCCAGAGAUCUGUCAGAAUAAACCCUACAACAAUAAAACGGAUAUUUGGUCUCUUGGCUGUGUCUUAUAUGAGCUUUGCACACUCAAACAUCCGUUUGAGGGAAACAACUUACACCAGCUGGCUCUGAAGAUUUGUCAAGCACAUUUUGCCCCGAUAUCUCCAAGGUUUUCCCGUGACCUGCAGGCCUUGAUAGCGCAGCUCUUCGAAGUAUCUCCCCGAGAUCGGCCAUCUAUUAAUUCCAUUUUGAAAAGGCCCUUUUUGGAGAAUCUUCUUGCCAAAUACGUGACUCCUGAGGUCAUUCAGGAGGAAUUCAGUCACAGCAACACCCGUAAAGCAAGAUCAUUGGCUUCUAAACCUUCAGGGAAGGGGAUCCAAGAUUCUAAAGUACAGAAAGUGAGAUUCCAGGGAAAGUGCCUACCAGGAUCAAGGAUAUCAGUGCCAGCUAAAAGGAAGGAGAUGUAUGGAAAUGAAUGGAGACCACCAGUGGGAGCCCGGAAGCCCCUGGCCAUAAAAAUGGUAGGAAGACCCGAACUUGCUGCACUCUGUGGGCAUUAUGAUUAUUAUUAUGCCCAACUUGACGUGUUGAGGAAGAGAGCUUAUGAGCCAAGUUACCACUGUGUUUCUCCAAAAGAUUCUGGAGUGGAGGAGAAUUAUAAACAGGAUGAAAGCCACAGUCCAUCACCAGGUCAAUGGCCUGCUGAAUACCUUCAGAGGAAAUUUCAAGCUCAACAAUAUAAGUUGAAAGUGGAAAGGCAGUUGGGUCUUCGUCCAUCUUCUGUGGAGCCAAAUCCCAACCAGAGACAAGAGCUGAGAAGUAAAGGAGAAGAAUCUAGAUUCCAGGAGCUGCAGAUCAGGAGAAACAAAACGAAGGAAAAGGAAUAUUGGAAGCAGCUGGAGGAAAUACGCCAACAGUACCACCAUGACAUGAAGGAAAUUAGAAAGAAGAUAGGGAGUGAACUGGAGGAGGACUCAAAAAUAAGUAAUAAAACCUAUUUAGUGAAGAAAAGUGACCUGCCUGAUCACCAAGAGGCACCUGAGGAAGAAGCUCCUGUACAGGGUAUUGAAAGAGACUUGAAACAAAUGAGAGCUCAGACCAUAAAGGAAAGUAAAAUUCCAGAACAAAACUGUAAAGUUAAGAGAGGAGUGAAGUUUGAAAUUAGUUUAAACCAAUGUAUUUCUGAUGAAGACACCCUCCAAGAGGCAGAGGCAACGAAUGUGCAAAAUGAAACUUUGACCUUUGAGGAUGGCAGGAAGAGUAAGGAGUAUGAAGAUUAUACAGACAAAGCAUUUGAAAACCUACCUGAAGCAGGUACGUGUCGUACUGGUGCUGCUGCAGGGAACAGGAGACGGUGGGAUGCGCGAGCCCCUCAGACUCUCCUGGAGAUGAUGGCAGCGGGGGACAUUCCCUCCACCUGUUCCACUCCGCGGGAGGGAUCCGCAAUGGUGACCAAAGGCGUUCCAGGAAAUAGGAAGCAGUGGCGGCACGAAGCACCAGGAACUUUCAUGAACGCUUUGGCUGCAGCACGUCUAACAAGCAGCUCAUUUUCUGCCAACGAAGGAGAAUUGGUGGGAACACUGAAACAAUGGCUUCCUAGAGACAAUGAGGGAAAUGUGGAAAUGGCCUCUGGCAUUGAAUCAGAUGAGGAACAACCAAGAUCGGAAGAUGAUGAUACAAAUUUUGAAGAAUCUGAAGAUGAGUUGAGAAAUGAAGUAAUAGAAUCCCUAGAAAAACUUGCUACUUCUAAAGAUGAAGACAACAGAGAAGAGACUCCUGGCUUCUCUACGGGUGCUGAAAAGUUAGGAGGAGAGAAGAUAAGCAGACAGAAACAUGCAGAAUUAAAUGAAGGUUUAGAGACUGUUUCUACUCAACCUAAUGAUAAAGUAUGCAUCACUGAUGAAGACCAAGAAACAUCAACAGCCCAUCAGAAGAUACGAGUGUGAUUAUUGUACUUUUCUUAAGUAAUGAGUUAGUAUCUGUUAGCGGUAGUAUCUGUCCGGGCACAAGUCAUUAAUAUUAAUUGUGUAAGAGUCCAGUCAUCCCAGGGGGGAUUAAUUUUUUUCCCAAUUUAGACAAUAAGACUGAGUAAUUUGAGUGUAGAACUUAAUGUUUUUGCUUUAAAAUUUCUAGCAAGAGAUCUUUCGGACACCAGAUGUGACAGGCAGAGUAAGGAGCCUCCCUUCCCGCCAGCCCUGCGGCACACCCAGCCACAUGACUCUGUUGUUACAAGGCAAAGAGGAAUUAAGGUUGCAGGUGGAAUUAAGGCUGCUACUCAGCUGACCUGCAAACAGGGGAGGGUUUUUUUGAUUACGGGGUGGGGGGGCAGUGUAAUCACAGGGAUGUUUAACAGUGUGAGAGGGAGGCAGAAGGGAGAACCAGAGAGACGUCAGGGUGAGCAGGAUGCACCUGGAGCCGCUGGCUUUGAAGACAGAGGAAUGAGCCAUAUGCCCAGGAAUACAGGCAGCUUCUAGAAGCUGGGAAAGGCCAGGCAGUGGACUUUCCCCAGAAUCCCACAGAGAGAACACAGUCCUUCUUGAUUUGGCUUCAUGAAGUCCACUUUAGACUUAUGACCUACAGAACUGUAUGAUAAUAAACUUGUGUUGUUUUAACUAAAUUUGAUAGCUUGUUAAGACAGUGGUAGAAAACUAAUACAAUGUGCAAACUGAUGCAUUUAGAGUAAUGAAUCUGCCAUUAUAGAAACCUGUGAUUUUGGGAUUUCUGAAGUUAUGCUGAACAUACUUUUUUGAAGCUGAUGCUGACACUUCAGGGAGUAGGGUAAUUGAGCAGAGAGGAUCAAAGCCCAUCAUGUUAAUUAUGAACCAAAUAUUCAUUUUAUUAUGUUUUAUUGAAUUAAUUUCUAAUGGCUUCAAAUGUAUAGAUUAUAAACUUCUUGAAGGCCAGGACCAGAGACCUGGUCCUUGUGUCUUAUGCUGGUGUUUUUAUAUAUGGUGCUUAGCAGAGUGCCACAUUCUAACAAUCCCAGUGCUGAACAUGUGCCUGGAGUUUAAUAGAUAUUUGUUGAUUUACUGUGUUGCUUCUACAAAGGACAGAGUGGUUACAUUUCUAAGUGGUAGAAUUCUGCCAGAAAUACAUGCUUUGUUAUAAAAAUAAAACUAAAAUUACACAUUAAUAUAUUGCUCAGCCAGUAAAACAAGGUGGAGAGGGGUUGGCCAGAUUAUUUCUAAGGUCUGCUUAGUGUUUAUGUUUGAUAUCAUUUUAUUAAAUGUGAGGAAAGUAUCAAGAUUCCCCUAACUGUGGGAUGCAUCCUGUAUUUUCCUAGUGAUCUUUGAGGUACUGUUUUUUCAAGUUGGUGUAUAGGGUUUCAAUCCAUUCUUCAAGGGAGGCUGCUCAGUAUGAGCAUAUUCAAAAAUUUCUGACCUCUGUGUUAAUUUCAACCCUGGUAACACAUGACCCUGAGAGAUUAAAGCAUCAUUAAUUCUAUGACUCUUUUAGUGGUGAGUGUAUACAUGUUUUACUUUCAGAACAUUAUGUGGUUAAGGCAUAAUAAAUCUGUUAGUGUGCUUCAUUUAAUCCUCAUUCUAGAUACUGUUUGAAUGCAUGGAGAAUGAAACUUGGUUCCUGAAAAUCCCAAGGAUCCAAAGACCAGUCAGUUAUAUGCAGAGAAAAAAAAGAAUGAAUGUCCAAAGUCAAAGUUUAAGAAUAAGCUUAUCAAGUUUGCUCCAGUGACAAGAUGUUUGGCUAAAGUCUCCUUUAGGUAAUAGCCACCAAGCCUUGUACAUUCUACGAUUUUAAAUUCUUUGCUAUAAAGUACAAAGUUUUCAUUGUGAUAAGUGUACAUAUCUUCAAGGUUUUUCUACCUGUGUCAGCCCCUAGUUCACCUCACUACCUUACGUACACUAUUACCUAAAUCAUGUUCUUGAGACCCAACUGAUCACUUUAUUCUGGGUUUAGGCUUUACUACAUUUGUUAAGUUGAAACCACUGAUCACACCUGGAUGUGUUUUUAGAAUAAAUUUUAUUAAAAAUUAUGCAUCUUGGUAACUAUGUAUCCUACCUAUCAAACUGAUCAUUCUUUAAAUGUGUACCGACUCUUAACUUCCCUUUUAAGUAUCUUGUAACAUGUAUAGUCCAAAUGAGCAUGUAGCACUCAAAUAUCAGAACUGAUGCUUCUUUGGAGCCAAGGCUAACCUCAGAUUUAGGGUGGGGACAGAGGAAAAAGAAUUAGCUGAGAAUCAGUGGGAGAGGUAGGGAAAAUUACAGGGGCAUAAUUUGAUUCUAGUAAUUUGCCGAACUGCUUGUUGUGGUUAAUUUUUUUGUUGUACCCAUUGAGAGAUUUAGCACAGACAAGCUAUUCAUAUUAUAGUCCUGGAUUCUAGGGUACAUUCACACAGUUAAACACAAAUAUUCUGAAAGCAUUGAUAAUUACGCUGGCUACUCUCUCAGAAUUUGGUCUAUAAGAGGACUUUGUAAACAAAAACUCCAAAAUUAUUAUCAUGUAUGAAGUUAUACAGUGUUUUGUAGGCCUGAAAUAUUCAUUAAAAGAAAAAAAGUCUAUUAAACAUGACAACCUAUUCUUCUUGGGUACCAGAGGCAAGACAACUUUGCUUUACCUUUAAAUUCUUUCUUGUUUUUUAAAAAAAAUCUUGGCAUGCGGAUCUUGGCAGCACUAGUAGUAGAUAACCAAUACUUCCGAACUGAGAGACUGCAAGGGGACAAAUGCACCAUAUGAGGAAAAUAUCCAAGAUAAUGAAAACCACGUCCUAUCAUACUUAGAUACAAACAUUUUGUAUCUACUGAAUCAAAGUCCUAUUUAGAUACAAGUAGAUGACUAUACAAAGAACAUGUAUUUUAUUAUGCACAAUUGAAAGAAAAAUGUAAAUCCCCAUGGCGUUUGUUUCAAAAUAUAGUGUGUUUGGACCACUCAAAAACAAUGUUUUAUAGAAAUUUAUAGUCAGUCACUCAGGAGUUCUUCAGACAGACAGUAGCAGACAUACUGCUUUGAUACUUUCCAUGGUUAUCAGUCAUUCCAAAAAAAUUUUUAAAAGACAGGUCAUAUCACAUUAGGAACAGGGAUGAUGAACAUAUAUGCAAACUGUUUCCAGUGAUGCUUGUGACAAAUGAAAAAAAUAAUUUUGAACAAACAAGAUUAAAAAAUGCUUUAUGGGA